GGCUUCUCUUCCCAAACUUUCGUAAAAGAACUAGAAUAACGAAUCAGGCCUAAUAUCUUCCGAAUGCCGUCCUGAUCCAUUCUUCGCGGAAGCCCUUACUGAUAUAAACCCGACCCGUAUCCUAAAACCUGACAAAAUCUGCUAAUACCUCACCUCAACUCUCACAAGUCACAGGACCCUGAAGAUGGGCUCCGCGAGUUUUGCUUCAAUCCUAGCCAAUGGCUGCCGGAGUUUCAGUUUGCCUAUGGCUCUUGUGCGCACGUUAGCAACAACCCACGCUGCUUUCGGUAAGCACUACGACAAGAAGCACGUGACGGCUUGGUCUUCGUCUUCUGGGUGUUCACAAAGCAACGGCAGGGUGUUUGCAUGUGCAUCCUCAAGUUCCGGCGUUACCACCGCAGCUGCUGCUAAAUGCUACCCUGAAUAUGAUCGGUUGCUUCCAUGUCCCUCACAAAAUGGCCCGCCAAGAGUUGAACAUUUGGUUGUUUCAGAAGGAGUUCCUGUUCUGGAAUAUAUCUGUAAAGCUCUGGAUCUUCCUCCUCUGUUUGUUGCAGAUCUCAUCCAUUUUGGAGCUGUAUAUUAUGCCCUUGUAUGUCCAAAGCCUCCUCCAAGUGCUACCCCUGAGCAAAUCAGAAUAUUUGAAGAAGUUACAGCGCCAUCAGUAUUGAGAAAGAGAGCUUCCAUCAAAGGGAAAACAAUACGAGAAGCACAAAAAACUUUCAGGAUAACUCAUAUACACCAGUUCGUUGAAGCUGGAACAUACUUGCGAGUGCAUGUGCAUCCAAAACGCUUCCCAAGGUGCUAUGAAAUUGACUGGAAAUCAAGGAUCAUAGCUGUGGCCGAGUCCUAUGUGGUUUUGGACAAACCUGCUGGAACAUCAGUGGGAGGAACAACAGACAAUAUUGAAGAAAGUUGUGCAACCUUUGCCACUCGUGCCUUGGGUUUAACAACGCCUUUGUUGACCACCCACCAGAUUGAUAAUUGCACGGAGGGCUGUGUUUUGUUAGCAAGGACUAAGGAUUAUUGCUCAGUUUUUCAUGGUAAAAUCAGAGAGAAAAAGGUGAAGAAGCUGUAUCUGGCUCUUGCUGCUGCAUCUGUACCAAUUGGAGUGAUUACCCACUACAUGCGUCCAAUAAACAUGGCUCCAAGACUCAUUUCAGAAGAUUUUAUCAAAGGAUGGAACUUUUGUCAACUUGAGGUCUUGGAAUGCAAAGAGGUUCCAUGGCCAAAUGCUGUCAUUGAAAACCAAUAUUGCAUUGAGGAUUGUGGCUGGCCCUCCAACGAUAUUGCAUAUGAAUGUAAAAUCAACCUUCUGACUGGUCGGACUCAUCAGAUUCGAGCACAACUGGCUGCCUGUGGUGCACCAUUAGUUGGUGACUCAAUGUACAUGCCAGCUGCAAUUGCGGAGAUGAAUAAUCCUGGGCUUAAUCCAUUUGGAAAAUACAAGAAACAUUAUACAAGUGAGACAGAUGAAGCAAUGGCUGUUAUGGAAUGGAUUUCACGGCAUGGAAAGGAACCAAAGGUCGCAAUUGGUCUUCAAGCAUGUCAGAUCUCGUGGGAUGAAGGUGAACUCAUGUAUAAGGCUGGGUCUCCUUGGUGGAGACAUGAAAUAGCUUAGAAUAGGUACUUCUAGAUAAGGUUCAACUGCAGGGCCCAGUAAUUUCCUUCAGAUAAUGGAGGUCCAUGUCAUGAAAGUAGUUCAUCUCAUGAAAGUAGUUCUGGUAGGAUUGUAAGGAGAAACGAGAACUUGGUUAGUGCUCCACUAAAAACAGUUAACAUCAUGCUUGGUUAGUUAUGGGUGCAAACAAUCCUCUGGGGCCACACUUCCCGGUGAAAAGCCAGCGAUUUAACCAGUUCUGUGUAGAGAAACUUUCAAAGGUGUGGUGCACGGGACCGGGGUUCACUCUGCAGGGUGGGUCCGAAUGGCCCUGCCUUGGAGAGGUUCCCCAACAUAAAAAAAAAAAAAAAAAUUGAUGAAAAUUCUGUGUUGGGUCAAGUGCCAUCGCCUAUGGAAUUAUAUUCUCUCUCUCUCUCUCUCUCUAUAUAUAUAUAUAUAUAUAUAUAUAUAUAUUUAUAUGUGUGAGUGUGUGACUUUGAGAUUAAUUUCUAUCCUUUCCUAAGCAGUGUCUGCAAUGGAGGUUGGGUAUAAUCUCCUUCUCCACUUGCCCUGUUUGUAGACUAUUAUUUAUUGACAAACUUUUCCCUUUUCUUCAAAGUUAAAUACGUCAAGAAUAAUGUCACCUUAUGCUUUGUUUAUUGUUCA